CGCGAGCAGCGACGGAGCCCGCGCUAUGCGUUCAGGCGCGCGCCAACUGCACGAGGGCCUCGCGACGGAGUGAGGGAAGAAGAAGAGCAGAGGAGGAAAAAAGGGAAAAAAGUGGAACCCGAGGAUCAAAGGAUAGAAAAAAGGAAAAAAAGGCAGUCUGAGGAAAGGCUCGAGACAAACUGAAAACAGAAUAAAAAACAAACAAACUUUAUCUGGACGUCCGAAACGGUGGGAGUUCAUUUCUAGCGAGGAAGGAAGGGAAACAAGGAGAGGAGCGUGCGAGAUCUGCUGGCGUGCCGCGCGCGGGAGAAGAAGUGAGUUGACAGAAGAGCAGCUCUCUCUCUCGGAGUGGAGACCCUGGGGGCGGUGAUGUUAGCCGUGCUGCUGGGCGCCUUGUGGCUGGCGAGUCUCGCGAGCGCGCAGAACGAGACAGAGCCGGUCGUCCUGGAGGGGAAAUGUCUGGUGGUCUGCGACUCCAACCCCACCUCGGACCCUACGGGCACCGCGCUGGGCAUCUCGGUGCGCUCCGGCAGCGCCAAAGUGGCCUUCUCCGUAGUAAGAAACACCAACCACGAGCCGUCAGAGAUGAGCAACCGCACCAUGGUCAUCUACUUCGACCAGGUUCUCGUGAACGUUGGUAGGAGUUUCGACGAGGAGAGGAGCAAUUUCUUCGCCCCGCGCAAAGGGAUUUACAGCUUUAAUUUCCACGUCGUGAAGGUGUACAACCGCCAAACCAUCCAGGUGAGCCUCAUGCACAACGGGUGGCCAGUGAUUUCGGCCUUUGCCGGGGAUCAGGACGUGACGCGCGAGGCUGCCAGUAACGGUGUUCUGAUCCAAAUGGAGAAAGGUGACCGCGCCUACCUCAAGCUGGAGCGGGGCAACCUGAUGGGCGGCUGGAAAUACUCCACCUUCUCUGGCUUCCUCGUCUUCCCCCUGUAGAGGAGGGGCUUGCCACGGAGGGACUAAUGCUCUUCAGCUCGCCGGCCUGGGGGAGGACUGUGGAGAAUGAGAGAGAGAGUGAGUGAGAGAGUGGAUGACAGAGAGCGUAUGUGUGAGAAAGAGAGAGAUAGAGUUUAAAAUUAAAAAUUAGAAGGAAUUGGCAUGGCAGGCUCUCCAACACACUCACUCGCUCUGCUGCUUGACUACAGCUCUGGACAGCCAAAACUUUUUUUAUUACCCUUAUGAUUAUGAUAAUUAAUGAUUAACAAACAAACUACAGAGGCUAUUGCCCCCCCCACGCACAUAUCAUCCACACCUUCAUCUGCUUUAAGGAAUGUCCAUCAUCACCGAACCGCAACCUCCAUCUCUCCCCUGACCAUCCACCCUCAUUAACUCACAUUAACGCUUAGCCCUACUCGGUGUACGUUCUCUCCAUGAACAUUACUGAUCUCACGCACUCUUCCCUUCAGUCCUAAUGGUUAAUUUUACUCACUCUGUUGCAUCUCUCCGGCCCGUCCUCUCCUCUCACAGUGGGGUGGGGGGCACCCUUUGCUCUUUCAUGACUGGAGGAUCUCCAAAUCUCCUCAAAGAGACUCUUGCUGUAUACCAGAUAUAUAUAGAUAUAUAAAAAACUUCAAAUUUCUAUAUGAUAUACUCUAUGACUAACUGAAUCUGGUUGACUAUCUGUAUUUCCGUAUUUCAGUGUUAAUACUUAGUGAUUGUGUGUGUGGAUCAUGAGGCUGCAGCCCAGCUACCGAUGCUUCUUGUUUUUGUUUUGGUCAAAAAAAAAAUGUGGCUACACUGAACCUAUAUCAGAAUUACUAUAAAGGAAUUUUAUUAUCAUUGACUGUAAGAUAUAUGUGAAUAUUAAGCAGGCAAAACUCCUCCCUUUUACUCAUCAAUCAGUUGAUUUAAUGAUUGUUUAUUUUUUAUUUGCUUUGAUCCAAUAAAAAUUAAAUGGUCAUUUUUAUUUUUCUUAAUCUGAUUCUCGGCCUUGAAAUGUGAUGCAGCUGUUGGCUUAAAGAACUAAAUACUCACACAAUCCACAUGCUA